CUCAAAUAUACUCGACCAGAUUUGUAAUUGAACAAACUACACCCCCUAAAAUGGAAGACAGGCCCGUCGCACCCGCGAGCAAAGAUCUCCGCGAACUUACUGCUCAAGAGUCCUCCGCCGCAGUAAUCUUCCCCUCAUUCACUUCUGAAACAGCCUGGGCUCUUGGUCUCGCGCUCCGGUCCAGGAUUCUUUCCCUCCCGGCGGAUCAACGCAAGCCGGCUCUCAUCUCUAUCGCGCUAACCGGCGGGUCCGAGCCACAUGUUGUAUUCCAAGCCGCGACGGAACCCGGGACCUUCGCCGAUAACGAGGUGUGGGUGCGACGGAAGCGCAACACCGUGCUGCGGUGGGGGGUGUCGAGCUGGCUGAUGCGGAAUAAGAUGCUGACGAGCACUGGCUUGGGGGCGGAUCAGGUGGAGGGGGCGUUUGUGACGAAGCAUGCCUUGACGAGUACCGGUGGUGGAGGGGCAGCGGAUGACUUCGCGAUCCAUGGUGGGGCGUUCCCUGUGCGGGUGAAGGGAGUUGAUGGUGUCAUUGGUGUGGUGGUUGUUAGUGGAUUGAAGCAGGAGGAUGACCACCAGGUUGUUUUGGAGACAAUUCGGGAGUUUAUCAAGCAAGACAGCCAGUGAUGGUCAAGAGUUGUAUAGCUGGUUCACGAGCGACUCAGUGUGUAUAUAGUGUGUACUAGGGAAAUCGGGAUUUACGAAGUCUUAGCUUAAUGCCUAUUGUUUUUGCUCCACUUCCCAUUAUACCCUCUGCUAGACACUGCUUAAUUCCCUCCUCAUAAGUGCAGU